UCGCUCUUCGUUUCAUUUGCUUCUCCACUCUCUCUCUCUCUCUCUCUCUCUGCAACUUCUUCGCAUUUCCUUAUCUUCUUCUUCAUCCACAGUUUUACAGAGGAAGCUAUGGAGAUUUCCUCAAUUCGACUACAACCCAACAAAAUUCGACCUACUGACAAAGCCAUACUAGUCUUUCGAGACAUUCCGGAUCUCAUUCCUCCUCGAAAUGGCUUCGCCGAACCAACCCACGACCAGCUAUGGCCAAACAGGUGGUUCUCCGGCAAUACUCCUGCUGGCUCCGGCGUCAGUGUUUGUGGGUUUGCCUCUGUUUCGAUGGCGGAGGAUAGAGGGUUCUCUCCGACGACGGCUCAGCUCUUGAAGCACCCGGUGGCAAUGGUUGCAUUGGUGCCCAAAGACGUGGCGCUCUUCGCCGCCGGAGCGAUUGCCGGCGCCGCCGCGAAGACCGUCACGGCUCCUCUUGAUCGUAUCAAGCUUCUUAUGCAGACUCAUGGAUUGCGAGCUGGCCAAGAAGCUGCUAAGAAAGGAAUUGGGUUCAUUGAGGCUUUGACAUUGAUAGGGAAGCAAGAAGGGAUUAAAGGGUAUUGGAAAGGCAACCUUCCACAGGUGAUACGAAUCAUACCUUAUAGUGCAGUCCAGCUGUUUGCUUAUGAAACCUACAAGAAACUUUUUAGGGGGAAGGAUGGCCAGCUCUCUGUUAUUGGAAGGCUUGCAGCUGGUGCUUGUGCUGGCAUGACUUCAACUUUUGUAACAUAUCCUCUAGAUGUCUUGAGGUUAAGAUUAGCUGUUGAGCCUGGGUACAAAACAAUGUCCGAGGUUGCCUUGAACAUGCUAAGAGAGGAAGGAGUUGCAUCAUUUUACAAUGGUCUUGGACCUUCUCUUAUUGGAAUAGCACCUUAUAUUGCUGUGAACUUUUGCAUUUUUGAUUUGAUAAAGAAGUCUUUGCCAGAGAAGUAUCAAAAGAGGACUGAAACAUCACUAGUAACAGCUUUGGUGUCGGCUACUCUUUCCACGCUUAUGUGCUAUCCUUUGGAUACAGUGAGAAGGCAAAUGCAAAUGAGGGGUACACCUUACAAGACAGUUUUAGAUGCUAUUCCAGGAAUAGUAGAACGGGAUGGUUUAGUUGGAUUGUACAGGGGUUUUGUUCCCAAUGCAUUGAAAAAUCUACCAAACAGCAGUAUUAGGCUUACCACCUUCGAUACUGUUAAACGUCUAAUAGCUGCCAGUGAGAAGGAGUUUCAAAGAAUUGCAGAGGAAAAUCGCAAGAAAGAAAAGCAAAGCACUAGUGAUUCAACAGACUAGUUUUGUGUCGCUAUUAUGCUGCCAUUGAUUUUUUCUUUUCCAUUUUUUGUGAUCAUGUCCUGUGCAGAAUAUCCUCGUUUUGGGGAGGAAUGAUGUUCUGCCAAAAAUCAUUUGUACUGGGUUUGUGCUUCUUGAGUCUACCAGGAAUUCAUAUUUCCUUGGGCUGUGGUUUUGUACAACAGGUCCUUUAUACUAGCCCAGAAAUUCAACAGGGUAGUUUACAAUUUCACAUAGUUCAAUCCUAUGAUGUGGUUGUAAUUCAUGUUCAUGUUGAUCUUGGUCACUGAAUAAAUUUUUUUGUUGUCAUCAGUA